AUGACUCGCAAGAUGGAGCCAAGACGUGAAGGCUCCGCGAUGAGCGCGGCAGGGCUGGAUGUGAAUGACUUGAGGUCGAUCAUGAAGCUUGAUAUUGCAGCUUCAAAUGAGCUACAAUCUCGGAUAGAGCAGUUGCGCCAAGAACUCAGAUCGGGAAGACGACCACCAGAGGAGAAGAUUGAGCUGUGCGACAUGGCGAAUAAAGAUAUGACCAGGGAUCUGAUCAGACGCAUCGAGCAGAUCGAAAGGCAGGGAAGACUAACGACAGGUGACCGAGAAAUGCUGCAAGCCUUCAGUUCGCGACUUGCCGUGUGUGAUAAGCAAGGAAUGGACAUCACAGAGUUGCGCGAUUGGAAACGGGAUGUGCAGAAAAGGGAGGCGCUUCCUCUUGGUGGAAAGCCGAGAACACCAGAGACUUCGCCCUGUCCGCCGGUCAGAGUCACAGAGCAUCUCCGAAGAGCACCAGAUAUGGGAGUACGAUCCACUAGUCCUGGACCAAUCCUCGAGAGGGUCGACAGCAGAGAUCGGAGGCCGGCGGCACCGCCUCGAGUGGGCAGCGACAGAACAUUUGGUAUGCCACCGUCACCGCGGCGUAGCGGCCAGCCAUACUUUCCUCCGCCACCUUCAUCACCACAUCGACCCAGUGCUAUCUUCGGGGCAUCGUCCUCUCCGUGGCAGAGUAGCGAGAGGGUUCCGCAGGUCGUACCGCCGCCGCCGCCACCGCCCACACCGUACGUUAGCAGCAAUACCAGAACGCCUUCGCCACGCUUCAGCAGCCAAGUACCAUACGGAACACCGCCGUCCAGCCGAGGAAGUGAGAAGACCGCUCCUACACCACCAGCAUCGAGACCUCGAAGCCAGUAUGAUGAUGCUCGAAGCUCUUCGGAUUCGCUACCGCCUCGCCGCAGCAUGGACGGUAGGUACUCUGCAGACCCGCCCUCAUCGGCGUCUUCGUUCCGCCGUCCUGUAUAUCAGCCGCCAACAGUUGCAGAGCCGCGAUUCGAGGCUUAUUACGACGCGAAUUUCGUAGACGGUGAUCUCGUGCUAGAGAAGUCGACAUGGCCGCUUCUGUAUCGCAUACUGGAUGUGGACCCGUCGACACCUCCGCGAAUCUUUGAGCACACCAUGAAGAGAUCUCUCGCCGACUUGAGCCUGAAGCACAACCCCGUGCAACGACCGAAUGACCCAGAAGCUCCAGUCCGAUGGGCGGCAAUCUGUAAGGCAUACGACACGCUCAUCGAUCCCGAACGCAGACGCGACUAUGACGGCCAUAGCGCAGAGCCUGGCAUAAACGAUGACUUUGCGCAGCUGAGCAUGGGUGGGUGGCGGUAG